AGGGAGGGCUGAGGAGGAGGAGGAGGAGGAGGAGGAGGAGGCGGCGGCGAUGCGAGCGGAGCGCUGAGGCUGCGGGAGGCGGCAGCCGUUGAACGCCCCCCCCGGGUCCCCGCAGAGCGCUGAGGGGAGGCAGCGGCGGGCACGGGCAGCGCCUGGGGAGAUCCGGCCCGAGCCCCCCGGGAUCCAGCCUUACCCCCCUCCCCGAGACCCCCGGGAGCCACCCCGAGCUGCCCGCCGGCCGGGUGUCCGCGGCGCUAAUGAAGGAGGUGACCGGGACGCCGCAGCCCUCGCCGUGAAUCACCCCGUCGUUAUUCGCCGAGGCCGGCGGAGGAGAAGGAAGAGAGAAGGGAGAGAAGGCGUGGGGGGGGAGGGAGGGAGGGAGGGGAGGGAAGGGAAGGGGGUGUGCGGGCAGAAAAAGCCCCGCACGCAGCCCCGAAGCCCGCAGGCGGCCCCCGGAGCCCGUGGGCAGCCCAUGUCGCCGUGCGGUCCUGCCGGCCCUACCUGGCACCGCCGGUGGUGACAAGGACCUGCUGCGUGGCAGCCCAGGACCUGCUACCUUUACAUAUAUAUAUAUAUAUAUAUAUAUAUUUUUUUUUUUUUUUUAAAAAAAAUCGGUUUUUCGGAAACCAUCAGGGGGGAUCUCAAGAUGUCCAGCGGCGUCCCGGCUGAUAUGAUAAAUUUGCGCCUCAUCUUGGUGAGCGGGAAGACGAAAGAGUUCUUGUUCUCACCAAAUGACUCUGCUGCAGAUAUUGCAAAGCACGUGUACGACAACUGGCCGAUGGAUUGGGAAGAAGAGCAAGUCAGCAGUCCAAAUAUCUUGCGGCUUAUUUAUCAAGGGAGGUUUCAUGGCAAUGUGACACUAGGAGCAUUAAAACUUCCUUUUGGCAAAACAACAGUGAUGCAUUUGGUGGCUAGAGAGACAUUGCCAGAACCAAAUUCUCAAGGUCAAAGAAACCGUGAAAAAACUGGAGAAAGCAAUUGCUGUGUAAUCCUGUAAACCUUGUUAGCUUUACCUGCUAAGUGUGAUGUAAUAUAGUCUUUGUCUUUCAUGCUGCUGGAAUAGAAGAGGCCCUACCUUGCUUCAAACACCUGUAGGAAGAGCCUGUCUGUAAAUCCAUGGAACUGAAAUAUUACACGAACACUGUCUCAUUAGUCUUUUUUUUAAGGAGAAAGAUCUAUGAACACUUUCAUUGUGUUUUUUUAAUUCCUGCUUUUUUUUGUUGAAUAUCUUACAGUAUAUCAGUUCUUGAACAAAUUUGAUCUCCAGAAAAAUUUGUGUUCUUUUCCAUAGCAGGAAUCAUUUUGCUACCACAGAAAUGUCCAUUAACCGGGUCUAACUAUAGUCAAGCUUUCUAGAUGCAAUUUGCACUAAAUAUGGUUGACAGUAUAUUUCUCAUCAACAAUCUUUAACAAUAUUUGAGAUACCUAGUAAUAACCUACAAUGUAUAAUGCAACACUGGAAAAUAGUAUAUCUAUAAUUAAAGUAAAUCUCACUUAUGGCCAAAUCAAAGGAAAAACUGUUAAGUCCAUUCUACCUGAGUCAACCUUGGUGGCCGAACUGGCACAGAAUACUAGCUAAACCAAGUCUAACUAUAUAUAUUUUCACUACGACAAACAAAAAACUAUGUGCCUGUAAUUUAAAAGCACUCUGUAGAGGGCUGAUGAAACUAAUUUUUUUCGUUACUGCGUGCACUCUUUAUCUCGUGUGUUAGGUGAGUGCUUAAUUCAGACAGCACAAACAAGUGCAGAGAGUGCAUUUCCUAGCCUUAAUAUGGGAGGGGUAAUUUCCUGUAGUUCAUAGGCUUUUAUUAUUGUGCAUAAAUGUUAGAAAACAUCAUUUACUAAUCAAUUUUAUGUAUUUGAAUAUUGGCAAUUGGUGUUUUUCAGUCACUUUCUCAUCUGUACCUUAGUGUCCAGUGUCAUGCUUACUCAUUAGAGACUUCAAAAGAAUUAUUAAAGUUUAAAAAGCAAAAAGAAAAACCUCUACCAUAGUACUAGUUUUGUUUCUUUACGUAAUCUGCAUUUGGUAUUAGUGCUUGCAAUUGUAUUAAAAUCAAAAGCUGAGUUUUGAAGGCAUACAUAAUUAAAAAGGAUGCCAUUCUUUUAUUUCAUAUCAAUAAUUUAAACAUUGAUAUGCUAAAGAAAUUUGCACAGCACUAAAGCAUGAGCUAGUUUCAUCUAAACCUGUAAAAUAAUAAUUAAAAAAAAUAAAAAAAAUAAAAGAUUUUAUAUUUUUUUUCACUGGGGAGGAAUUCUUCCUGGCUGAAAUUACAAAUAUGUGUAGAAUAUAUUUAAUAAAAAUCUUAUAAAAUACAUAACUAUAGAAGUUAAAUAUAGAUUGGCGUGUAGUAUAAUAGAACAAUAUUCCAUAUAAAUAGCUUUAGCCUUUAAAGAAAGUCACAGGUGACAUUGUGUUCUGUACUUAAGUGUCCACAACUCCUACAGAUGUUCUGUGUAAUCGUUUUUUCGAAUGAUUGGCAUCAUUCAAAUGUAAUCAGGUUAUUUUAUCCAUUGUUACUGCUUUGAUGAAAUGCUUUAUAUGCAGUAGAUUUACAAAAAUAUUGUUCAUACUGAUCAGAAUUAAAUUUGUAUAGAGCAGAGUUUUAAAACAAAUUGUAAAUAGCACUAAACAUUUUCUUUCUGCAACCUGUACUGAUAGACUCCUCUGUAAACUAAAUAAAAUAAUAUUGUAGUGCA